UGUUUUUCUUGAUAUUUCGUUCUUCAAGCAAAACAAACCCAGCCGCGAAAACGAUCGUCGACGGGCGAAGAAAUUGACCAGGUAAAAAAUUCGAAUCCUGAUAGCUACUUUUCCAUUGCUCGUUGAAUCGGUUGUAGUUCUUCGAAUCCUUAUAGCUACUUGUUGUUGUUAACUGAAACACGAUGUUGUUCUUCUCCAUAGAAAUGUAUAGAUACACCAUUUUCUUGUUCUUGCUAAUGAUUGAUUUGCUCUUUCUGGAAAAACCUAUAUUCCUGAAUAACACUCAAAUUUGUUGCCUUAAAAGAAAUAUAAGCCCUAAAAUUUACACUACAAUUAUUUGGUACCUCUGCACGAUUAAUUAUUUCGAAUCAUUUCUGGAAAAAUCAAUUUUCAAGCUUCACAAUUUCUCUCUCUUCGCCGGCGGUGGAUUUGCUCUGAGAAUUACUGAAACCUCCCCCAUCUGAAAGCGGUAACUAUGUCAUCCCAACAUGUUCCUGCAACUGAGGAUUCGAUUAGUGCUGCUAAAGAGAAAACUGCGGCUGUGGCUAUCCCUAUCCUUUAUGGGAUCCUUGAAGAUCCUUCAUCUUCUUCAGAAGCCUUAAAGAUCAAAGAAUUGGCUAUUACCGACCUAUCAGAUCGUCUGAGGGAAGUUGGUCGAGCAGAAGAACUACAGAACCUACUGACUAAAUUGCGGCCUUUCUUUUCUUUGAUCCCAAAGGCAAAAACUGCAAAGCUCGUCCGUGGUAUUAUUGAUUCAGUUGCUAAAAUUCCUGGGACCUCUGAUCUCCAAAUCUCUCUUUGCAAGGAGAUAGUGCAAUGGACAAGGGCUGAAAAGCGAACUUUUCUCCGACAACGAAUUGAGGCUCGGCUCGCAGCUCUUCUGAUGGAAAGUAAGGAAUAUUCAGAAGCACUGAAUCUUCUUUCAGGUCUCAUUAAGGAGGUUAGAAGAUUAGAUGACAAGCUACUGCUUGUGGAAAUUGACUUGCUUGAGAGCAAACUCCAUUUCGCCUUGAGAAACUUGCCCAAAGCCAAGGCUGCACUUACCGCUGCAAGAACAGCAGCAAAUGCAGUAUAUGUGCCUCCAGCACAGCAGGGCAUCAUAGAUUUGCAGAGUGGAAUUCUCCAUGCAGAAGAGAAGGACUACAAAACGGCAUACAGCUACUUCUUUGAAGCAUUUGAAGCUUUCAACACUCUCGGAGACCCCCAGGCAAUUUACGGCCUUAAGUACAUGCUUCUGUGCAAAAUUAUGGUGAACCAGGCUGAGGAUGUGGCAGGAAUUAUAUCAUCGCCCAAGGUUGGUUUGCAAUAUAAAGGGCCAGAACUAGAUGCGAUGAAAGCCAUUGCUGAUGCUCACUCAAAGCGCUCUCUGAAGCUCUUUGAGACUGCGCUGCAGAAUUUCAAGAAUGAGUUGGAUGAAGACCCCAUUGUCCACAGGCACCUUUCUGCCCUCUACGACACACUACAGGAACAGAAUCUCUGCAGGUUGAUCGAGCCAUUCUCAAGAGUAGAGAUAGCCCACAUUGCUGAAUUAAUCGAAUUGCCAUCUCACCAAGUUGAGAAGAAGUUAUCUCAGAUGAUUCUUGAUAAGAAGUUUGCAGGGACUCUAGACCAGGGUGCUGGAUGCCUAAUCAUAUUUGAUGAUCCCAAGACUGACGCAAUCUACCCAGCGACUUUGGAGACUAUAUCAAACAUGGAGAAGGUUGUGGACAGCCUCUAUGCAAGGUCGGCCAAAAUAAUGGCAUGAGGAUGACAUGGCGGCAUACAACUUUUCUUCUUAGCGAUUUAUGUUCCAUGAAUCAAGACCCUAUUACUUUCGUCAUGUUCUUCUAAUCUUUGUACCCUUCUUUUCUCUGGCAUCGAUUGCAGCAUCGUAUUUGAACUUCUGGCA